CGCUGGGGGAAGGAGUGGGAGGCUGAGGUAGGAAGAUCUCCGUGAGCUCGAGGUCAGCCUGGGCUAUAGAGGAGAGCCUGACUCCAAAAAUCAAAACCAGACAACAGUCCGGCCUGUGUCUUGGAGCCAGUGCUGGCCCCGCUCAGCACCCAUACCCCGCAGCUGCUGAGGGAUGCCCAAGAAGUUCCAGGGCGAGAACACCAAGUCUGCAGCCGCCCGGGCACGGAAGGCUGAGGCCAAGGCUGCGGCCGAUGCCCGGAAGCAGAAGGAGCUGGAGGACGCAUACUGGCGGGAUGAAGACAAACACGUCAUGAGGAAAGAGCAGCGCAAGGAGGAGAAGGAGAAGCGGCGCCUGGAGCAGUUGGAGCGCAAGAAGGAGACGCAGCGCCUGCUGGAGGAGGAGGACUCGAAGCUUAGGGGCGGAAGGGCGCCUCGCGCGGCACCCAGCAAGCUCACUCGUGCACAGAUCGAGGAUUCGCUGCGCCGCGAGCAGCAACAUCGCGAGGCUCCCGAGCCAGAGAAAGCCAAGAGCCACCUGGAGGUGCCGCUGGAGGAGAACGUGAACCGCCGCGUGCAGGAUGAGGGCAGUGUGGAGGCGCGCACCAUCGAGGACGCCAUCGCUGUGCUCAGCGUAGCGGAGGAGGCUGACCGGCACCCAGAACGGCGGAUGCGGGCGGCUUUCACGGCCUUCGAGGAGGCCCAGCUGCCUCGACUCAAGCAGGAGAACCCCAACAUGCGGCUGUCCCAGCUGAAGCAGCUGCUAAAGAAGGAGUGGUUGCGCUCCCCCGAGAACCCCAUGAACCAGCGGGCCGUGCCCUUCAAUGCCCCCAAGUGAGACCGGAACUGAGGACACCGCCCCGUCUUGGGGUCCAGGCUGCCACCCUGUACACCCUCCCUCUAGCUGGGUCACCAGGAUUGCAGAGUAGUGCUGGCCCAGGUGCCGUCAACACCACCUCGGGAUGGAGGGUCCCCUCCCUCCUCAGAGACAUCCUCACCUUGGUGGUCAUUGUCCGUGGCCACGGCUGAGUGCCCAAUAAAGGCAGGCGAGGCUGUGCUA